UUGACUUCAAUAGCUUCAUCCUAUCUGACAUUUGUUCGCUAGAAUCAAGAUCUCGUAUCCGCCCUACUCCGUAUAGCCGAGAGCCUUCACCAAACCAUAGUAGGGAAUCUUCACCGUUACACAUGGAUUUAGACAUCGGCCAUGGUCAACAAAUCGUCGGAGGCAAUAUUACUACGGAUUGUAUGUACUUCCACGUUUAUGGAAAAUGCAAAGGGGUCAUGCCUAACACAUUAUCCUCGUUUGCAUAGUAUCAGACGCAAUGUACACGUCGUCUGUUUCUUCCGAAGGGACAAUGACACCUACAGAAUCAUCUUCGUCUUGUUCGCCCAGUUUUUCUGGUAAUAUCAGUAAUGAGACGCCCCAGGUCGCCCAGGAUGGCGAUCCAAUGGAUGCAUUACCGGACGAGAAUAUAAACAUCAGAACAACUACCGAGAAGCUUGCCAUAUCAACCCCGAUAGAUCCAUUUAAAUUACGCUUCCAUUUGCAAAGAACGCUCAAUACAACUAUGCUACAUUCACCGUCUUCAACCUCCAUUCACUCGGUCAACUCACCGCUAUACAGCCCUGUGACUUCUCCCCGUACACCGCCUAUCCCUAUCAAUGAUCCAACCGAUGACUUGGAUAGUGAUACACCCAUAUAUAAGACCGAUGGGGAACAAGUUGACCAAGCGGCUGUUCUUGGAGAUCUUCACCACACCAGUUCUGAAGAUUUAAUGGAUGAAAUUUACAGUGGAUUUACUGACAAAAAGACUAUCGGUGCUUCUGACUGUGGCGCUCAUUGCCAAUGUGGCGACUCUUGUGAGUGUGCUGGCUGCACUCUCCACGGUUCACUUACCGACAGUUUACCAGAGGGGCAAGGGCAUGCAAAUCAUAUUAGAAACAUAGUAGAUAAUCCCACCAAAUUCAAUCCCAUCAUUGAUGAAGAUGGUGUUCGACUCUGCGGCUGCGGAUGUAUGAAGAGCCUCGAAAGCUGUAGAGAUUGUUUUCAAGAUUUGUGUGAAGGUAAGCAAAUCAAAGACUAUACCAAAUCUAUUUUUGGGGGGGGGCGAAUUUCACAUCCAGAUAACUGACUCCUUUUUCAUGGUGACUUCAAUAGAAUAUCUUCUUAACCAUCCUCAUCCAUGAUACAUUAUCACUGGUUUACAUUCAAAAAACAUUUUCAUUUUCGCUGUUUUCCCCCAUGCUUUUGUUUUUUUCUAUGUUCUUUUACCUAUCCCCCAAAUGUAACAGUAGCUUUUUUUGUACAACACGCAGAGUGGGUUUUACAACAUCAAAUAUUAUAAUGCACUUUUUAUUCACGCUUGUGAGCCGGUUAUGGGAUCUCCGACGCAC